GGUGUCUCAUGGCUCUGACUGCACCAGCCAGGCAGGGCUUUCCCGGCAGCUUGUCCCAGGAGAGCCCCCGGGCAGGCACGGCCCUUGUCUGCCGUCCUCGCAGGCUCGGGUCCCGCUGUGGCUCGCCCAGCGCCUUCCCUUCUGGUCCUUGGUACCCUGACAGCACCCUGCAGCCUUUGCCCUUCUUUUUGUUCCCUGCCACCGCGUGCGUCCGCCCGGGUGAACAAAGGCCGAGCACAAGGGGAGCGUCAUCCCCCAGUCAGACUUUGCAUGUCGUGCCUAGUCUCGUUGUGAUGGCAAGACGACUUGAGGAGGUAGGAAUGGAGGUGAUUUUCAAAAAGCAGAGUGAUAUUAGAUAUUCAUGGAACGCUUCCACUGAAAAGAGUGAUUAUGAAGCUGUAGAAGCUCUUAUGUCUAUGAGCUGUAACUGGAAAUCAGACUUCAAGAAAUACGCUGACCUGAGACCAAUAACACCAGCAUCUGAUAUGUCAGAAGAAAAUGAUGACAGCCUGCUUUCCGGUGCAUCAGACUUUCACGCAAUUCCAGCAUUUUGCUUGACUCCACCCUACAGCCCUUCUGAUUUUGAGAUGUCUCAAGUAAUUCAUCCAGCAGCACCAGCGCCAUCUACUGUGCAAUCCAAAUCAUCCACCAAUAUUUCAAAGCCUGUUCCUGUAACACCUUAUAAAGAGACUGAAAAAUCUUCAGUAUCAAGAGUGUUGAAAGCUCAAGCAACAAGUGUCAUUCGCCAUACAGCUGAUGCACAGCUUUGUAAUCACAAAACUUGUCCACUGAGAGCUGCCAGUGUGCUGAAGUAUCAGGAUAGUAUUUUGAAGGAAAAUAACAAAAAACCCAAUGAAACUGCACAAGAAAACUCAUCUGGCGCAACUGUGUCAUUAUAUAGAACAAUAAAUGACAGUAACAACUCACCUGUUGUAGAAGAAAAACCAAGUAUAGCACCACCUCUUAGUCCAGUGCCCCCAAUACAGACUUCAGUCACUAGACCUCAGUCUGUUCCACAGUCAGCACAACAGUCCUCAAUGAUCGUACCCUCGUCUACUGUGCCAGCCCGUGGAGUCCCACCUGUGCCAGUCAUUUGCCAGAUGGUUCCACUUCCUACAAACAACUCUGUUGUGACAACAGUAGUGCCCAACACUCCCUGUAGCCAACAGUCUACAGUUUGCCAGCCUAUGAUGUUCAUGGGAACUCAGGUUCCUAAAGGAACUGUUAUGUUCGUUGUGCCCCAGUCAGUUGUGCAGAAUACAAAGGCUCCAAUUAUUAGUCCAAAUGGUACUAGACUGUCUCCUAUUGCCCCUGCCCCAGGUUUUACACCUCCUGCAGCAAAAGUCACUACACCAGUUGACUCUUCAAGGAUUAGAAGUCACAUUUGCAACUAUCCAGGAUGUGGAAAGACUUACUUCAAAAGUUCGCAUUUGAAAGCCCAUGUGAGAACACACACAGGUGAAAAGCCCUUUAGCUGUAGUUGGAAAGGCUGCGACAGAAGGUUUGCGCGUUCUGAUGAACUGUCUCGGCAUCGUAGAACACACACUGGUGAGAAAAAGUUUGCUUGCCCAAUGUGCGACCGGCGGUUCAUGAGGAGCGACCAUUUAACAAAGCAUGCACGUCGCCACUUGUCAGCUAAGAAGCUACCGAACUGGCAAAUGGAAGUGAGCAAACUAAAUGACAUUGUGCCACCUGCAUCUGCAACUGCACAGUGAAAGAACUCCUCAAGUUACUGGAAGUAACUGUUGUCACUGGUGUGUAUCAGCAGCAAUGUAAAGAAGCUUCCACUCCAAGUCUGUUGCUCUUUAGUGCCAGCUAUUGAAGGUACUGUAACAGAGAGGCAAAGACACUUGUGCUCCGGCACAGGAAGCAUUACUGGAAGACCCAAUGACUAAUAAUGGAAUGUCAGGUUGUGUUUGCACUGGGUGGAGAGAGGAGAGAAAGUGAAGGGUCUAGAGCAGAGGAGCACAGGGAGUUCAGGGUUUUGAAUUUUUAGCAAUUAUUUGCAUAUAGUACAGGUUGGUCAGGUAUAAAUUGCACAGGGAGUUUGAUGUUUGAGACCAACUCAGAUGACAACUUUCAAAACUAUUUUGAGUCUUUGGUAGAACACGGACUAGAGAGAGAGAUCAGUGCAUGGUAUAAACAAUAUAAAAUGCACCUGUUCGAGAUAAUAUAAAGCAAAUAUCCUACUUCUGUCACCUUUCUUUGAUAGGAUAUGUAUUUGAUGUUUUGUAAUCACAUUGGGGUGGCAACUUUGAGGUGGGUUGGGGCUCAGUUUUCUUGAGAUUUAGGCCUGUUAACUCCAGCAUACAGUUUUUUAACACACAGUGUAUGCCAUGUAUGCUAGGUUGACAAUAUUGUCAAACCUGGCUUUUUGUAUGGGGGCUGCCAUAUGGCUAGAGAGAACCAAAAGUAUCUGAAUCCCCAUUAAUGUUGUUUUUGUGAUUCUUUUGAAAGUCUCGUGAUUAUCAUGAUUGGUUAUAUAUAGGCAUCUUAUGAUGCUUUUGCUUUUAAGUUGCUUAUGGGUUUCCUUUAUACCUUUCAACAUUCUAUACCACUGCAUUUUUUAAACAGAUACAGUGCACUUUGUUUUAAAGCAAUGUAACCUUUAAAAUAACUAUGUGGGUUAAGAAAGGAAAAACAGGAAUAUUAGGUUACUUGAUGCUGUUACUCUUUGGCAAUGGUUUCUAUUAGAGAGGAAUGGUCUCUAUGUAAAAAGCUUCUAUUCUAUGCUGUAUUAAGUUUAGGAGUAAUUUGAAGCAUAAAAUAAGGCAGUUAAGUCACCAGCCCUGAUUUAAUACUGUAGAUUUGUGACAGUGCAUCAACUUUCACUAAUUGUAUUUCUAUUUUAUCCUACUAUUCUGAGUACAUAAAUAUAGAAAAGUGAGGAGUUUGAAAAUAGUGUAUUAGAUACGCUCUUUUGUGACUACUUUAAAGAUUUGCACAAUUUCUUAUGUUGUACUUUAUACCUUGUUUACAAUAAAGAACAAUUUUCUUUAAUAA